GUGACUCUUCUCUCAGCCACCGACUACACACCCUCAACACAUUGGAAGCCAAUUGCUAGCUCCCUCACCCACCCACCCACUUCUUAAGACACACAACUCUGUCUUACACCAAGACAUCCCCCUCUAUCAAGAUGCCCAACUACAUCGUCACCGAGUCCUCCCCCUCCACCACCGCCUUCAUGCGCUCCGGCCGCGGUGGCGCCGGCAACGUUGUCCGCGUCUCAAACACAAACAAGGCUUCGUCUCACUCCGUGCCCACCAUCACUCCCUCGCGCCGCUUCUUCAGCGGCAUUGGCGGAGCUGGCAACGCCCACCAGGCUAGCGAGCGCCCUGCCCUCUCUCUCGAGGAGGAGUACGACCGCGUCGCCGCCCGCGACCAGGCCUCCAUGGGCCACGUCGGUAUUGGCGGUGCCGGCAAUGUCUACCGCCGCAAGGCCAGCGACGCCGCCUCCGAUGUGAGCUCCAGCAGCACCGAGAGCGUCAAGGGCAAGCUGUGGGCUCGCGUCAGCGGCACCUUCAACCGCGACUAAGUCAGUCAACCUGGCUUGAACAACCAACAACACAAUAAACACAACUCGACACAAAAAUUAUGGUGAUGGCUGGAGGAACUUUGGGUUCAUUUCCUUUUUUCUUAAACAACAAAGCGAACGGCGUUAUUGGCAUCAUGGCGGGGACCUCAGAGCAAAUGGGAAACCUGGAUAUCCGGUUUUUGCAUUGAACACUGAUGGCGGACGACGAUAUGAACAUGUCGUCCGGUCAUUACAGGGCGUUUGUUUCUGGUGAAGCUAUAUACCCCCGAGUAACAAUUACUCAACACGAAAAAAAGUUUUAUCUGCUUGUAUCUUAGUUAAUAUCUGUCUUCCUGUAUACCAAUCAAACAGAGAGCGACCUUUGUGGUCCUCGAACCGCAAACACUA